AUUCAGCCUCCAACAAAUGGCAGUUGGGUUGGACCAAAUAUACACACGUCCAACCACUAAACCCAACAACAAAAACAAACCCACCUCCUAUAUAUUAUAUAUACAAACACACAAUAUCAUACAAACAAACGUAUACAAUUUAUCUUCUCUAUAUAUAUUCAUAUGGUUCUGUACCAAUAAAAUCUACCACUAUUAUGUAUAGAACGUGACAUCGUUACUCCCACUCCGUCCAACUCGUCUUCUUCUUUAAUUCUUUCCUCUUUAUAUUAAUUUUUCUUCUUACUCCAACAAGUUGAGAAAUAUGGGUUUCGAUUUUGAAGAGAGGAAAAGUUUGCUGUAUGCCGAUUUAUUCAAGAUAGAGGAGAAUCGUGAAAAUAGUAGCUCGAUCAUGCCGCAGUGGAGGAGCCCGAGUUCGUCGUCGGCUUGUGACUCGUCGUCGUCCGGUUUCACCACGCCUUUCGGCUCCGAGUUGGGCUCGUCGGAGAGCGACGACGCCGAUUUCGCUGCCGAGUUGAGUCGUCAAAUGGCCGAGUGCAUGCUUCACGAAGAAGACGAGGAAGAACCAAACUCGGUUUCUCAUUACGGGUUGAACCCGAACCGCCCGGUUCUUGAUCAUGCGAACCGGACUCCAUGCGUUAAGUUGAAUAAUCACUCGGCAGUUGGGGAUCGAGUUGGCGUUUCGAGAGGCAGAAGGGUUAAGGGAGAUGAGUUAACUCAGCAGAUGCAAACUCGGAAAGCGGAGCGGAAUUAUGGGCGAUACAGAGACGCGGGCAGGAAGAGGCAUACCGGGUCGGGUAUGCAGGCCAUAUUUCUUGGCGGACCCGGAUCGAGAAACGGGUCAUCCGGAACCGGUGUAUUCUUACCUCGAGUUACUAACAACCCGGUUGAGCAAAAAAAGAAAUCAGGUCUAUCGACGGUUCUGAUUCCUACGAGGGUUCUAGAAGCUCUCGAACUACACUUCACAAGGCUUUCAGACUCUGCAACCCCACCAUUAACGACGGCUACAUCUCUCUGUCACGCUUCACUUAGAGUUUUGCAGAUGAAGGAAUGAGAUCGAAGGGCCAAGGAAAUAUACAUACAAAGUUCGAAAUGGAGGCGCCAAACAAGGUUGAUGAGAUGCAAAUACUACCCCAAGAAUGGACUUAUUGAGAGUCGCCAAUUAAAUCAUUAUUUGUUAGUAUGAAAAAAAAUAUAUUAGUUUGGCAUAUAUUAUCAAAGAAUAAUUAAGGAGCCAUCGACAUAUUAGUCAUGGCCCUUUUGUCAGUUCUUUAGUCACAUGUAUAGAAAUGAUGCAAAGCCAACUAAAAAUAAGAAUUAAGCAACCAAAACUGCACCUUUAUAUCAUAUGUAAUUGAUCAACCUUCUUGAUUUUUCAGUCUCUUAUAUUAAUACCUUUUUAAAUUUAA